GAGCUGAUCUGCGGUCAGUUUGUGAAACACCUCCCCAGCGAUGACGGCCACCACUGGGUGCGGACAAACCGAUUCUAAGUCAGCACUUACAGAAAGCAUCGUUCGGGAAGCCAGGAAGUCGAAGUUGCUCGUACAGCGAUUAAAACUUGUGGACAUCAACAGCAAACGUUCAGCAGGAAAUAUUUACAAGGUCGGACAACACUGACUUCUGAGCACUUUUGCCAGCUAGCUCUCAACGAUGGACAAGCUUCGUCGUGUGCUAAGCGGCCAGGAGGAAAAUGAAGAGUUGGGUCUCACUGCACAGGUCCUUGAUGCCAGCACUCUCAGCUACAGCACCAGGGUGAAAUGGUUCGUCAUAUGCUUUGCUGCAGGCAUCCUGUGCUCAAUACUCGGUUCAGCACUGCUGUUCCUUCCGAAUGGAGUCAAGCUUUUCGCCGUCUUCUACACAUUAGGAAACAUCGCAGCUCUUUCCAGCACCUGCUUCCUAAUGGGACCACUAAAACAGUUGAAGCGCAUGUUUGAAAAAACAAGACUGAUAGCGACCAUUGUCAUGCUGCUCUGCCUUGUCUUAACACUUUGUGCAGUGUUUUGGUGGCAUAAAAAGGGGCUGGCUAUCAUCUUCUGUAUUCUGCAGUUUUUGGCAAUGACAUGGUAUAGCAUCUCUUACAUUCCAUUUGCCAGGGAUGCUGUGAUGAAAUGCUUCACUACCUGCCUGAGCUAAAGCUACUGAGUCUACAACUUCAUGUGAAGACUGGUCCUAAUAUACAAAUUGCAAAAGUGGUUGCUCUGUAAAAUAUACAUUUGUGUUGUUUAUA